AUGGCGAACUCCUUGCUAUCCCUUCGCGGUGGGCUCUGUCUCACCAUCGUCACCCUUUACGCUACACUGUUCGUACUUGUCGGUCUUUCCACCCGAGUCUCAGGGCGUCCUGCGCAAGUGAACGCGGGCUCCGUCGACACCGCAAGCGUGAUCUUCGGCCACAACACCGGUGAUGUGUUUUUGACGGACGAAUACAUGUCGUCAGCCACUCCUGCAAUGCUGAGCGCAUUCAUGAUGUCUGCCCUCUUGUUCAUGUCUGCAUUCCUCUUCGUCAAGGCCAUCCGGACGCAGAUCGGGAGACAGAAAGGCUUGCCGAUCCCAGUAAGCCGUCUGGCAGGCAUCGACACGAUCGAGGACAUCUUCAAGCUCGGGAAGCGAGCGAGCGGGGGUCCCGACGUGACCGACUCCCUAACGGAACACCACCGCAGGCACGCCCCCUUCGCCACUCCUGGCAAGCCCAGCAGGACCAGUCCCCUGAAGGAAUCUGUGCCUGAUUCCUCGGUCGCCUCUCCUGCUCCUUCGACUCCGCUCCUCGUGUCCUCGAUCGACUCUCCGUCCGUGUCAUCCCCACGCACGCCGUACGACCCUCUGUACACACCGGUCCUGCCUCCCUUCUGCCCGCGAGGCGACAGCCCGGACUUCAAGAAGACGCGUCGCGUCUUCGGCAUCCUCGUCAAUCGUUCCCCGACCAAGAGUGGGUCCGAAGAUUUUGACCCCGACGACGGGCACUAUCUCCGCGCGGCGUUGGGGCUGACGCACAUGCAGAGCCCACCUAGGGUUCGCAACCAUUGGCGGACUGUGAACGAGUGCGCCGUGCACGAGAAGUAG